AUGAGGUGACAACAGUCUAUAUAGACCCUAAUGAAGAGACAUUAGUCUAUAUAGACCCUAAUGAAGAGACAUUAGUCUAUAUAGACCCUAAUGAAGAGACAUUAGUCUAUAUAGACCCUAAUGAAGAGACAUUAGUCUAUAUAGACCCUAAUGAAGAGACAUUAGUCUAUAUAGACCCUAAUGAAGAGACAUUAGUCUAUAUAGACCCUAAUGAAGAGACAUUAGUCUAUAUAGACCCUAAUGAAGAGACAUUAGUCUAUAUAGACCCUAAUGAAGAGACAUUAGUCUAUAUAGACCCUAAUGAAGAGACAUUAGUCUAUAUAGACCCUAAUGAAGAUACAUUAGUCUAUAUAGACCCUAAUGAAGAGACAUUAGUCUAUAUAGACCCUAAUGAAGAGACAUUAGUCUAUAUAGACCAUAAUGAAGACACAUUAGUCUAUAUAGGCUCUAUAUAUAGACUGUGUUUAAUAUGUAUAUUUUGCGGUGGCUGUCUGUUAGAGAAGUAGGCAGCUCUGUUGUCCCUGUCUGCGUCCCAAUUUGGUACCCUAUUCCCUACACAGUGCACUACUUUUGACCAGAGUCCUAGUGCACUAUAUAAGGAAUAGGGUGCCAUUUGGGACAAAGUCGCUGUCUAACCAAACAGGGCUGAUGGUAGAGCUGGUUAAUGUGAAAACCCACUGUAGCUCUGUCCCUGGCUAGCAGAAUGACUCAUCAUUUACUGUCAUUUAGCAUACGUUGUUUUAGUGUGUAGCUUACUCAUUAUUUCAGGAAGCAGAUAAAAAUAACUGCUAGAGACUAGCGGAAGACUUUGACAAAGUUAUUUCGGUCUCUUGUUCUGGCCCUUUAAUGAUAGUAAUUCUUUUGUGAGUUACAACACCCAUAUUCCAUGCUUAAUAAUCUCGUGAAAUGGUAUGUUUUGUUCACGUGAAUAAAUUACCCUGCUUGGCAGGCGAUUUUAAAGAACAAAUGUUUGCUGGUUCUUUUUACUUUGUGUCUGUUGUGCGUCUGUUGUGCGUCUGUUGUGCGUCUGUUGUGUGUCAGUUGUGCGUCUGUUGUGCGUCUGUUGUGCGUCUGUUGUGCGUCUGUUGUGCGUCUGUUGCACGUCUGUUGUGUGUCUGUUGUGCGUCUGUUGUGUGUCUGCUGUGCGUCUGUUGUGCGUCUGUUGUGUGUCUGUUGUGCGUCUGUUGUGCGUGCGUAGCUGACAUUGUGAAUAGACAGGUGUGUGGUAGGGAUUUCCUGGUAAACAAAAGGUAGAGCAAUCACAGGUCAAUUAAAAAUGAAUCCGGUUUAUUACAAGUUUCAACAGGGAGACUGUUUUCUAUUUCACUUGUUAGUGUGGUUGUUUACAAGAUUUCUACUGAAGUUGUGUGACAUUGACCUGUGGUUGUUUACAACAACAAACUGCUUCCAAUGAACUGUGCCACUCUUAUCUAGAAGUGAUAAUGCUUCCAAUGAUCUGUGCCACUGACUCUUAUCUAGAAGAUGUACUGCUUCCAUUGAACUGAUUCUGUACAUAACCACUACAAUGACCAGGCACGUACACAGGAGUCUACAAGACCUGACCUCUGUGAUUGCCAACAAGGGUUUUGCCACCAAGUACUAAGUCAUGUUUUGCAGAGGGGUCAAAUAUUUAUUUCACUCAUUAAAAUGCAAAUCAAUGUAUAAAAUUUUUGACAUGCGUUUUUCUGGAUUUUUUGUUGUUAUUCUGUCUCUCACUGUUCAAAUAAACCUACCAUUAAAAUGAUAGACUGAUAAUUUCUUUGUCAGUGGGCAAACGUACAAAAUCAGCAGGGGAUCAAAUACUUUUUUCCCUUACUGUAUAUAUAUAUAUAUAGGGUAGGGGAGGGAAUGGCCGGCAGGGAUGUAGCUCAGUUGGUAGAGCAUGGCGUUUGCUACGCCAGGGUUGUGGGUUCGAUUCCCACGGGGGGGCCAGUUUGAAAAAAAAUAUAUAUAUAUAUAAAAUAAUAAUGUAUGCACUCACUUAACUGUAAGUCGCUCUGGAUAAGAGCGUCUGCUAAAUGACUAAAAUGUAAAUGUAAAAUGAGUAGACUCGUCUUGGCUAGUGUUUGUUGUCAGUCAGUCAACCCAUGAGCCAAGCAGUUCAGUCCAGCAGUUCAGUCCAGCAGUUCAGUCCAGCGGUUCGGUUCAGUCCAGCGCCGUGUCUCCCUAACUGAGACAGGGAUUUAGAGACCAAUAUGUUUAAAUAUCCAAUGGAUUUAGCUGACCAGUUAAGCAAGAACACAACAGUCUAUAUAGACCCUAAUGAGGUGACAACAGUCUAUUUAGACCCUAAUGAGGUGACAACAGUCUAUUUAGACCCUAAUGAGGUGACAACAGUCUAUAUAGACCCUAAUGAAGAGACAUUAGUCUAUAUAGACCCUAAUGAAGAGACAUUAGUCUAUAUAGACCCUAAUGAAUAGACAUUAGUCUAUAUAGACCCUAAUGAAGAGACAUUAGUCUAUAUAGACCAUAAUGAAGACACAUUAGUCUAUAUAGGCUCUAUAUAUAGACUGUGUUUAAUAUGUAUAUUUUAUUGCUCCUUUUUCUGUUUAUUUUUCUUGAUAAUUGUAGCCUUGCGGUGGCUGUCUGUUAGAGAAGUAGGCAGCUCUGUUGUCCCUGGCUGCGUCCCAAUUUGGUACCCUAUUCCCUACACAGUGCACUACUUUUGACCAGAGUCCUAGUGCACUAUAUAAGGAAUAGGGUGCCAUUUGGGACAAAGUCGCUGUCUAACCAAACAGGGCUGAUGGUAGAGCUGGUUAAUGUGAAAACUCACUGUAGCUCUGUCCCUGGCUAGCAGAAUGACUCAUCAUUUACUGUCAUUUAGCAUACGUUGUUUUAGUGUGUAGCUUACUCAUUAUUUCAGGAAGCAGAUAAAAAUAACUGCUAGAGACUAGCGGAAGACUUUGACAAAGUUAUUUCGGUCUCUUGUUCUGGCCCUUUAAUGAUAGUAAUUCUUUUGUGAGUUACAACACCCAUAUUCCAUGCUUAAUAAUCUCGUGAAAUGGUAUGUUUUGUUCACGUGAAUAAAUUACCCUGCUUGGCAGGCGAUUUUAAAGAACAAAUGUUUGCUGGUUCUUUUUACUUUGUGUCUGUUGUGCGUCUGUUGUGCGUCUGUUGUGCGUCUGUUGUGUGUCAGUUGUGCGUCUGUUGUGCGUCUGUUGUGCGUCUGUUGUGUGUCUGUUGCACGUCUGUUGUGUGUCUGUUGUGCGUCUGUUGUGUGUCUGCUGUGCGUCUGUUGUGCGUCUGUUGUGUGUCUGUUGUGCGUCUGUUGUGCGUGCGUAGCUGACAUUGUGAAUAGACAGGUGUGUGGUAGGGAUUUCCUGGUAAACAAAAGGUAGAGCAAUCACAGGUCAAUUAAAAAUGAAUCCGGUUUAUUACAAGUUUCAACAGGGAGACUGUUUUCUAUUUCACUUGUUAGUGUGGUUGUUUACAAGAUUUCUACUGAAGUUGUGUGACAUUGACCUGUGGUUGUUUACAACAACAAACUGCUUCCAAUGAACUGUGCCACUCUUAUCUAGAAGUGAUAAUGCUUCCAAUGAACUGUGCCACUGACUCUUAUCUAGAAGAUGUACUGCUUCCAUUGAACUGAUUCUGUACAUAACCACUACAAUGACCAGGCACGUACACAGGAGUCUACAAGACCUGACCUCUGUGAUUGCCAACAAGGGUUUUGCCACCAAGUACUAAGUCAUGUUUUGCAGAGGGGUCAAAUAUUUAUUUCACUCAUUAAAAUGCAAAUCAAUGUAUAAAAUUUUUGACAUGCGUUUUUCUGGAUUUUUUGUUGUUAUUCUGUCUCUCACUGUUCAAAUAAACCUACCAUUAAAAUGAUAGACUGAUAAUUUCUUUGUCAGUGGGCAAACGUACAAAAUCAGCAGGGGAUCAAACAACAACAAACUGCUUCCAAUGAACUGUGCCACUGAUUCUUAUCUAGAAGAUAUACUGCUUCCAUUGAACUGAUUCUGUACAUAACCACUACAAUGACCAGGCACGUACACAGGAGUCUACAAGACCACAGAUAAUGUUCUAUAAGUCCACAAGAUCUGAGUUUACAAGUAAUACCCCCCCCCCUACAGUGAAAAUGCCCCUACAAAUAAGAUGUAUCUAUUUUAAACUGGACGUACACUGAGUAUACCAAACAUUAGGAACACCUUCCUAAUAUUAAGUUGCACCCCCUUUUGCCGUCAGAACAGCCUCAAUUCGUCGGGACAUGGACUCUACGAGGUGUCGAAAGCGUUCCACAGGGAUGCUGGCCCAUGUUGACUCCAAUGCUUCCCACAGUUGUGUCAAGUUGGCUGGAUGUCCUUUGGGUGGUAGACCAUUCUUGAUACACACGGGAAACUGUUGAGUGUGAAAAACCCAGCAGCGUUGCAGUUCUUGACACAAACCGGUACGCCUGGCAACUACUACCAUGUCCCAUUCAAAGGCACUUAAAUAUUUUGUCUUGCCCAUUCACCCUCUGAAUGGAACACAUACAGAAUCCAUGUCUCAAUUGUCUCAAGGCUUAAGAAUCCUUAUUUAACAUGUCUCCUCCCCUUCAUCUACACUGAUUGAAGUGGAUUUAACAAGUGACAUCAAUAAGGUAUCAUAGCUUUCACCUGAACGGUUUUACUCGUUCCAUGGAACUUACCUGACACCUGAGAGUGGAGGAGGUGCGAGAUUGCACUUUGAUGAAAAUAACUGAAUUAUGUCUCCUCCCCCUAAGGCUUAAAACGAAAGCACACACACACAGGCAGACAGUAUUGCAAGUAUUGCUUCUCUCUCACACACAAAGUUUUGUCGUUGAAUAGUUAGUCGCUGUGCUGAGAAUCUUCCAGAACCUGUAAGUAAAAGCUUGCCUAUUAUUGAUAAUGAUAAAAAUGAAAAGGUUUGUCUAAAUCUUAAAGUUAUGGAUGUUAGAAAUCUGUGGGAUAUUUUUCUUCACAUCUUUCAGAAAAACCUGACAGCCUGUUGAUUUAAGAUAUAUUUUUAUAUUAGAUACGUUAACAUAGUGCCAGUGAUGAAGUCACUGAGUCUAAUUUGAACAUGUUUUAAUUUAACAUGAUAAUGUAUUUUGCAGCUUCCUGACCGACGCUCCUAAGCACAGGUCUAGGAUCUUCUGACCAUCAUCAAAUCCAAACCAGGACCUUAAUAAACCACAAGGGGAAAACUGACCUCAAACCAGCGUUUAAACCCCACGUCUUCCUGCCCAGAUACUGACUCUCCGUCCAGAGUUCCUCUGUGCUCCAGCCGUCCAUCCGUCCGUCCAUCCGCACCCCAGCCAGCUAGCCAUGGGUCUGACGAGCGAGGACAUGGAGUGCUGCAUCUGCCUCCAGCCCUACUCUCGCACGGAGAAGAUCCCUCGGAUGCUCCACUGUAAGCACACAUUCUGUGGGCCGUGCUUACAGACCAUGUCCAGUCUCCAGAGCGGCCUGCUUACAGUACGCUGCCCCCUGUGCCGCUGGAUCACCUGCACCGUGCCCAUCCUCACCCUGUCGGGAUCGCUGUGGGUUAACACUGAGAUCUGGGACCAGAUACUAGACAGACAACAGGAAGAGGAGGAGGAGGAGGAGGAGGAGGAGGAAGAGGAGAAAGAGUGGAUGGGAGCUAACAGACAGACACAGACCACUACACAGUAUGAAUGGUGAGUACCCCAAGCGAAGGUGGAUGGACGGACAGACUGAUUUACAAACCUUCCUCUGCUCUCUGAUUUUUUUCCACUUAUUUUCUUCUCUCUCUUUUGCUGCGCUCCCUGCUUUCUCUCGCUCUCUCUCUCUCGUAUCUCUCUUUCUCUCUCUUUUGCUGCGCUCCCUGCUUUCUCUCGCUCUCUCUCUCUCGUAUCUCUCUUUCUCUCUCUUUUGCUAUCACUCUCUCUUUCUCUCUCUUUUGCUGCGCUCCCUGCUUUCUCUCGCUCUCUCUCUCUCUCUCGUAUCUCUCUUUCUCUCUAUCUCGGCUUCUCUCCCUUUCUGUAUGGCUAUAUCUAUUUGUCUUGAUCUCUCUCUGCGUCAGUUGUAUUGUUGUACUGCGAUAUUACUUUAGGUGACGGUUUCCUUACGAUGAUCGUAUAUAUGAUCGUAUCAUGCAGCUAGUACAGCUUCCUUCUUAGGGUCAGACGUCUGUUAAAUGACUAAAUUGUCAUUCUCUCUCUCUCUCUCUCUCUCUCUCUCUCUCUCUCUCUCUCUCUCUGCCUGCUCUGUUUCUUUCUCCCUCCUCUCCUGUCCUCUAGCUCUCCAUCAGGGCACUCUGGCCUGAGGCUAAAACUACAGAAAUUCCUGAGGAGGAUGAAGCACAAAGUACUGUAA